UCCGUCUGCGUGCUCGUGCCUGGAGAGGUGAAGUGUAGUUUACUUUCCAGAGUACACGGUUUGGUUUCGGUGUCCGCCUGGUGUCAAAAGGCUUCUGCCGAGGCAUUAAGCCCCUUUUCACAGAGCCAAGAUGCUGAACAUGUGGAAGGUCCGAGAGUUGGUUGACAAGGCGACCAAUGUGGUUAUGAACUACUCUGAGGUGGAGUCGAAAGUAAGAGAGGCCACCAAUGACGACCCUUGGGGACCGUCAGGACAGCAGAUGAGUGAAAUUUCCAGAGCCACUUUCAUGUACGAGCAGUUUCCAGAGGUGAUGAACAUGCUGUGGGCUCGCAUGCUGAGGGACAACAAGAAGAACUGGAGGAGAGUCUAUAAGUCCUUGCUGCUGCUGGCUCAUCUAAUCAGGAAUGGAUCAGAGAGGGUUGUAACAAGCACCAGAGAACAUCUGUAUGACCUGAGAUCAUUAGAAAGCUACCACUUUGUAGAUGAAAAUGGGAAAGAUCAAGGUGUGAAUGUGCGUCAGAAGGUGAAGGAGCUCGUGGACUUUGUUCAGGAUGACGACAGACUCAGGGAAGAGCGAAAAAAGGCGAAAAAGAACAAAGACAAAUACAUCGGUGUAUCCUCGGACAGUAUGGGAUUCAGAGGUUACUCUGGGGACCGGUAUGACUCCAGCGAAAGCCGGCCAAAGUGGGACGAUGACUGGGAGAGUAAUAAAGGACAGUUCCCCUUCAGUGAGAAACUGGGUGAAAUCAGCGACAAAAUCGGCAGCACCAUCAAUGAUACCAUUAGCCAAUUUAGGAAGAAAGACAGGGACGACUCACCAGACAGAUUCAGUGACAACGAGGAAGACCGGGGUCGCUCGUCUCACAAUGGCCAGAGUGGAAAAGAGUUCAAAGACGAGGAAGAAACUGUUACUACUAAGAGCGUACACAUUGUUCAAGCAACAGAGACGACGGCAACACGGAAAAGAGGAGGGGUUCCCUCCAAGAAGGUGGAUCUGGGGGCUGCAGCUCACUACACAGGAGAUGCAAGCCCAACUACUGCCAAUAAACAGGCCCAGCCAGCGGCGGCCCCUCAGCCCUCCAGUUCAGGCCUCGCUGACCUACUAAUGGUGGAUACAGCACCCAGUCAGCCGGCUGCCCCAGACCUGAUGGGUGGAUUUGCAGAUUUCUCCUCCUCGGCUGCUUCUACCGGACUGUCCUCUGGAUCCGCAGCCCCGGCCUCGAGCACCAACGGGGACUUUGGAGAGUGGAACGCCUUUCCCGGAGGUCAGAUGCCAGCGUCUGCUCAGCCUGUCGACAUUGGUGGAAACGACCUCUUUGGGGCCAUGACAGCCACUCCUCAGCCUGCCGCGGCCCCGGCUCCAUCUCCGGCCCCGGCCCCCGCCGCAGCCGCAGCCUCGGCUCCAGGCUCCGGUUCCUCCUCAGCAGACCUGUUUGACUUGAUGGGACCAUCUCAGUCUCUCACCUCCUCCCAGAGCCUCAAUUUUAGCAUGAGCAGCACACAGACCAUGAGCGCCACAGUCCUCCCCCAGUCUAGGUCGCAGCCCUUCCAGAACAUCGGCGGUCCCCUCCAGCCUCAGCCUGUGCAGCCCCUCCAGCCUGUGCAGCAGGGAGCAGCGGCUGACGGAGCAGGAGCCGGAGCCAAAGCACCCCUCCCCUCCACCUGGUCCGACCACUCGGUCAACAUCAGCCUGGACUUCCUGGGCCCUGGCAUGCACCCCCCGAAACAAAGCCAGCCCAGCCUCAACACCCUCCAGCAAGUCAACCAAGUACCUGCCAACAUGCUCUCCCAGGGAUUUUCCCAUAUGAAUCUUGGACCUACAGCCGUCAGACCACCUGUUAAUCCUAUGAUGCACCCUGGAGCUGGCAUGGGCAUGGCAAUGGGCAUGGGCAUGGUGCCCAACCAAGGCAUGAUGGGAAUGGGCAUGGCACCCAACCAAGGCAUGAUGGGAAUGGGCAUGAACAUGGGGAUGCCACAAGGAGGUAUGACCAUGGGGAUGCCUGGAGGGAUGGGGAUGGGGAUGAACACUGCCAUGGUCCAACAGCCCAAACACGAUGCCUUCGCUGACUUCGGCAACUUUGGAAAGUGACGGGACACGGGACAGCAAAGAUCCUGAAGAGGAGCUGCGGCAGUCCGUCUCCCUCUCUCUCUCUCUGUCCGUCCAUCAGUGAAGGAUUGUUAUGAGCUGCAAACAAAGAGUACUUGAAUCACGUCAACUAUCAUAAUACCAACACCCUGCAAUCUCCCUUUUUUUUUUUUUUUUUUUUUUCAAAAAGUCGUGUCGUCGUAUGAAUCGAAGUGAAUGUGUGCGAGUGAGUGUGUUUUUGAACCAAUGACGUGUCUGAUCUGCGCCGCUGUUCAGACAGACGCUCUGUUAUUAGUCUGUAAUGAGUCAGUGAAAAGAAGGAAGUGUGCCACGGAGGGAAUGUCAGGGAGGAUUUGCUUUAUAACCUCAAUCGAGUAAAAUCACCAGAUUAGCAAAACAAAAAAAGGCAUAUAUGUAUCUGUAGCUGCAUUUUCCUUUUUUUCUUUUUCAUGUUGGAUUCUCAAUUAUUGUACUGAAUGAUGACUUUGGAUACUAUGAUCAGCCAUUUUAACUUUCUAACACACAUUGAAGAUUGUCAAGUUACCUCUUUUUGUCCUUGCUCUUCCUUUGACCUGUAAAUAGAAAUCUGAAGCCCUUCCGAUAACUUAUGAAGUCCACAAACGAGAGGCAGUGACAAUGUGAAGAGUUGUGUCCUCCAGACCAAACCUCAUACGAUUUAAGACCUUUAACGAAGCACAUUGACACCUUCCCUUUGUACAUAAAGAGUCCACACUCCAGAUGUUACUGCAACAGUUGGGGUAAUUAAUUGUUUGCAGUGAAAGCUAUUGAUUUAGUCGAGGGCUUUUUGCCCGUCGAUUGACCAUCCUUUGUGGCCUUUCUUAUUGGUAUAUAUAUAGUUAUAUAUUUUACUUAAGAUUAUUCUAAUCAGUUUGCAUCCAAAUGAGAUAAUCAGUGGGUUCUUGGUUAAGCACAUAGUGCCUGAAUGAAAGACCUUUGCCUUUUCUCUUCACUUCAACCUCUUUGAAACGCAAAAAAAAGAGAAUGUGACUGUGCAGUGUUUGAAAUAAAGCUGCCACAGUGUAGCUUCUGUACUUGUGCCUCAAGCCAAGUGUACUGUUUGUACAGAAAUCAGAUGCAAUCCUCUUAAUUGUUGGACUCUUUCUUUUUCUUUUUUUUUUGGGGGGGGGUUCUUCAUCUCAUGCACCUUUUCUCAUUGAUUUUAAUCUCUUCAGGCCAGUGAUCAACGUGAGUGCUACAGAGAGGCCUUGUAGACUCAGCGCCGCUGUUUCAGACUGUUAAUAAGGUUGUGCAAUGCAUCCGUCUGUGAAAUGUUCAUCAGUGACGUCUCGGUUAAACGCUGCCUUUCACUCUUCAUCUUCGUUGGUGUCACACAUUUAUUAAAAAAAAAAAAAAAAAAAAACGGCUAUCUUGAAAGCAUCAUCCCUGUCAUAACCGUCAUCAG